GUUCCUGCGUAACUUUCUGGGAAGGGGAUGUCUCAUAUAUGUUAUAUGAUUAAAUAACAUCCUAAAAACAGUUCGGCUUCGUUGUUUACUUGAUCUUUUAGUAACCUGAGGCUAGAAACCCCACGAUGAUGCCAAAUUAAUAAAGACGUCACAUUACCUCUACAUUAAUUCUAUGCAACUCAGCACGCGUAAACUGUCUCCCGUGAACUCCCCCGCUGGCCCCCCGACUGCUGAUCCCACCAAAAACAUCUCGGUUUCUCAACUUCAAGCAGUAAUUAAUAAUGACAUUGCCUCUCCAACCGAUCAAACACUUCCUCCAGGAGAUGCAGAUUAUCAAGUAAUCCGGUCCAGGAAGCAACCCGCAUCCGAGUUUACCGCCGCAAGUCGUUCAAAGAACAUAAGAGCACUUGCUCAAAAUGAAAAGUAAAAUAACUUUGAUGUUUGGCUGGAGGAAACUGUUGGGAACCGUUAGGGCGAUGAAAGGCACGCGAGCUUUAGAGAAGGAGGUGGCGGUCUGAUGGGUGAGAUAUAAAUCUGAUACUUGAAACACACCUGACCUGUGGGCACUGGACACAGAUCGGGACAAGGAUAAAAGCUGUCGAGGCGUUCGUCUUAACUUUAAAGACAUUUACGGCUUCUCGACGUACAAGGGAGCUGCACGGUAGAAUUUUAUACAGUCGCGUUUACAUUUUGUUCAGGUAGGCUAUUGUACGAAAAACGAACUUUAAACAUUAUAAUUUGGCGUCUCGUGCAAUUUUUUUUACCGGCCUGUAAGCAGCCUUGCGCACAACGGUUUUGUCCUAAGUCAUGCGCGCGUGUACGGCUGUGUUCGUGUGUCUACUGUCCGCGUACGGCGCACAGAGCUCUCUCAGUGACGACACGAACCCCAACAUCAUACGAUCUUCGGCAGAGAUCGAGGGCCGAGAAACAAAGACUCAGGUGCGCUGCCGGAAGGACAGUGACUGCGGCAGCAGGCAGUACUGCGAGCGCGGUGCUACGCUGCACUCCGUAUGCACCAACUGUCAGCAGAAACGGCGCAGAUGUCACAGCGACAACAUGUGCUGCCCAGGAAUGCGGUGUGUCAACGGUCAGAACACUCUCCGUCUCACGCGCAAAAGAACCGAAGUGACAAAUCCACCGCUUUGGUUGAUUUUACAGUUUGCAUUUUGUUGUGUUAUUUCAUAUUUAUGUACGCGGCCAAAGAAGAUGGACGCAGAGAACAACAAGAACAGGCAGCCGUCAUUAGAUAACCGAAGAAAACAGAAAGGCCAGGAGAGGGACAAGUGCGUACGAUCGCGGGACUGCGGCGCGGGCCUGUGUUGCACGCGCUACCUGGAGGAGAAGAGGUGCCUGCGCGUUCCCGUCGAGGGGGAGCGCUGUCUGCUGCCGGGCCGCUCCAAGGGCCAGAGAGCCUUGGGUCGGUGCGACUGCGCCCAAGGCCUGUCCUGCCGCCCGCUCACCGAAAACUACAACUCCCACGGGGUGUGUCAGGCCAGCGAGAAACAGACCUAAAAAAAAGGAAAGCCACGCAACCGGCCUGGGCUCGGGAAGGUGCCACUGGCCACCGAUGGACCGGGGGCGAUUUAAAACUUUAUUCGUUUGUUAUACACUGACAUUGCCCAGUCAAAGAACGACAGCAUCUACAACUGUAGGGUGGGGCUGUGUGUUUUACUGGAUUACACUUCCCAUGUUUCUCUGUUCUUUUUUUUUUCUCAAUCAAGUGUUUAUUGACUAAGCAAGCUGUAGUGUUGCACAAAAGAUAUCGACCGUUAUAUGGAUGAUAUUUCAAUUUUCAAAUAAAAAUAUUUUAAUUACA